AUGCAGUGUGUUAGAUGCACCUCUGCCCGUGCCAUCAUUAGACGCUCACUAUCUGGAGAGGCCGUGUGCAAAGGGUGUUUUUUCUAUCUCUUUGAGGAAGAAAUCCAUCAGACAAUAACUUCUAGCUCCCUCUUCCAGCCCGGUGACAAGGUUGCCAUUGCUGUUUCUGGAGGAAAAGAUUCCACGGUUCUGGCACAUGUUUUAACGACACUCAAUAAGCGAUAUAAUUAUAACUUGGACUUACUUUUGCUCUCCAUAGAUGAGGGUAUUUCUGGAUAUCGCGACGACUCUUUAGAGACGGUAAAAGUGAACCAAAUUGAAUAUGGGCUUCCAUUGAAAAUAAUAACCUAUGAAGAGCUAUAUGAAGGAUGGACGAUGGACAAAAUUGUUGCCAGGAUUGGAAACAAAAACAAUUGCACAUUUUGCGGUGUAUUUCGGAGACAGGCUCUGGAUCGAGGCGCAGUGCUCAUCGGUGCCAGUACAAUUGUCACUGGACAUAAUGCCGAUGAUAUGGCAGAGACUGUGCUUCUGAAUUGUAAGGGCGAUGUUCCUCGACUUGCUCGAUGCACCUCUAUAAGGACAUGUUCUGACCCAAAGGAUUCCACAUCAGAGUGUGAUGGGGAGAAAUCUACAUGGACCGUUCCCCGAUCGAAGCCAUUCAAAUACACAUUUGAAAAGGAGAUUGUUAUGUAUGCAUAUCACAAAAAGCUGACUUAUUUUUCAACCGAGUGCAAGUAUGCGCCAAACGCCUACAGGGGCCAUGCUCGGACCUUUUUGAAGCAGUUGGAGAGGAUGAACCCUAGAAUUAUCCUAAACAUCAUUCGAUCUGGAGAGUCUUUUGCUAAGCUUGCCGUAUGUGCACUUGGAGAUCCCUCAGCACCGGUCCAACAAAACUGUACUAGAUGCGGAUAUAUCUCCAGCAACCCGCUGUGCAAAGCCUGCGUGUUAUUGGAGGGGCUAAGAAGAAACAUCCCAGGGUUUGCUCCUUUACAUUUUUAUUCUAGUCUCGGCAUUAAAAAGAACGAACACCAGGGAAGGCGGAGAGAAAUCGCCUACAAUAAAUCAUAA